CCGUCGGGGACCCGGGUGUUGGUUAGUUCGGGUGAGCCGAGAGCGCAGGGCUGCACCCCGACAGUCAAAAAUGGAUUCCGGACUGAAAUUGGGGCACAAACCAUUCCCCUCUUAAAAACUUGCAGGUUUAUAACUCUUUGCCUCCAAGUAUUUUUUCUUUCGUUACUCCAAUCACCAAACCAAACCAGACCACCGAACCACACCCCCUCGUCCACACCUCCACCACCACCAACCACGCCACGCACUCAGUCGUCUGUCUCUCCCUCUUGCCCCCAUCCAUAUUCAAGUACCCUGUCUCUCUCUCUGCAAAAAAAUAAUCUCCAUCUCUCCCCCGGAAUAAGAGACCGUGUGUGUAGAAAUAAUAUUAAAAAUAAUUAAGUCGAGUAAUUUCCAGGUGAAUUAAGCACCGCUCGCGGCUCACUUUCAUUUCCGGGAGAGGAGAGAAAGAAGUCGUAUUUUUGGGAAAAUUUCAGUUCCUGAAAGUGAAAGCAAUUUUCAUUUUCUUUUUAUUCUUCUUCUUCUUCCUUCUACCUUCCUGUCUAACCGUUGUGCACGUAAAUUUAGUCCAUAUUUUCCUAAUCAUUGGUCCACUCUACCUUCCUGUUAAUUUGUCUCCGAGAAGAAAUAUUUCAUUCGUCUGGAAGAAGGCCAAGGAAAAGGGGAGAGAGAAAGCGGAAUAAUGUGAUUCGUUUAUUGAUUAUUUUCCUUAUCCAAACAAGAAGUGAUCAUUGUGUUCGUCCAUCCAUUAUCGAAAAGAAAAAAAAAUUAGUUGCAAGUUCCCAUCAGGAAGGAGACAAAGUUCAAAAAGGUGUGUGUCUUCUCUUCUUCUUCUUCAUCUCGUCUACUAUCCUGUGUCGUGUUUGUAUCUUUGUGUGGGAGGAAGACGAAGCUCGUUAACAUAAUAAAAAUCAAGAAUAAUAAUUCAUUAAUCGAAAAUUAUUAAAAUCAUCCCGUGAAAGCUAGAAACUUUUAUUUUUAAGCAGAGUCAAAAUAAUGAGUUGAUUCAACCCCAACUUAAAUUUAAAUAAUAAAUCACGAAAAAAUAAAUUGCUUCAUUAUAAAUUUUAUUAUACAGUCAGUAAUAAUAAACAGCAACGACACAUCGAAUUUGGAAAUACGACGGAUAAUUAAUUUAAUUAAUUGAUAUAUAGAAAUUUUAAAAAUUAUAUACUUAAUUAGAGUGAAAGCGAUCCAUCCAUCCAGUUAAAAAUAGUACGAAAUUUUAAAAAUAUUUAACAAAUUAAAGCUUGCAAAUCACCCAGAGAAAGUAAAAAAUAAAAUUCAUCAUCAAAUUCAUCAAAUCAAAGCAGCAGCAGCAAAAAGUCAAUCAGAAAACUAGAUUUUUCCUUCCAGCGCAAAUCAAUCCUUUCCGGAGAGAAAGCACCACGUCCAAUAAGGAAUUACUUCGAGAGGCUCUGCCAAUUUGAAGUGGAUUGGUGUUGAGUGUGCGAUGCUUUGGGUGUUGGAACAGGUGGCGGCAUGCCUCCGCCGCAGCGUUUGCUUUCACCCAAUACGGAGAGGGUGUCUCGUCGCUGUGCUGAACGUCCAUGGGGGCUCCGUUUCUCCGGCACCCUCUUCCUCCACGUGGUCAUCCUCGCUCUCCUCCUCCUGCCUCUGAGUGCCCCCUCGAAAACUGCCGCCGCGCCGGGGGAGUCGUCCCCACCAUGGGCGAACUCGUCGUCAUGGUCCCACUGGGCAAUCCCAGACGACGAGGUGUGUCCGUCCGCGCGGGCCUGGGUCACGAGGCCGGGCUCCUUCUGCACCACGCUGUGGACGUCCCCCUACCUCUCCAACAGGACAGAGCUCGAGUCGCGCGAGCGGAGAGCCGUGCAAAUAUACUGCGAAUUAGACGUCAUCCUAGAAAGGUUCGAUUGUGGGCAGGAGUACUCGGUCAAUGUCAAGAGGGGACAGUGCCAGUUGUGUCGGCAAGCCUAUCGGGAAUGGGUGUGCGCCGUGGUGGCCGACACGACGGCGGACGGUUCUCUGGACUGCGCCACAAAGUUGAUGCCGUGCCCUAGCUGUGCCUCAAUUUGUCACCAAGUGAUGCGACUCUGCCCUUACUUGUCCCCCGACCGGAUCCAGUUCGACCUGCUGGGCCAACCCUCACCACAAGUGAGUCAAUACGGCGGCCACCCCGCGUUCUACUGCCCCCUCGAGAAUGACGACCCUUCCGACCCCGCCUACACCACGUCCCUCUGCCUCGCCCCCCAGGAAGACGAUGACCCCGACCACGUCCACAACAUCUGCACUAAUCCCCCCCUCGGACUCAGUCUGGGCGGGAGGAUCCACACCCACCAAUUCCACCACCUCCAUCACCACCACCACCACCGACGGACGAGACGUGACCAAACCUACGACGACGACACAGACUACACGACCCCCCGACCGAACCAUCACCCGCCCCCCUACGACUAUGGCGGCGGAGGAGGCGGCGGCUAUGACUCCUACGACGACGACACGGCCACCUCCUCCUCCCCCAUCCCCAUGCACUACACUACCUGUUGCUGGACGUAUGCGUCCUCCCUUGUGAUUUUCGAUGCUACAAAAGAUUACCCAAAUUACGGAUCGGAUGCCUUUUUCAGCACGACGUUGACCAUUUUCGACAACGCGACGACAAGAAAUUCUUCCAAUUUGUCAAGCACUACGACGACAACGACGACUCCUUCUUCGCCCCUUUUUCCCACCAAGAAGACUGCCACGACGAGUAGGAGACCUACCACGGGUCCUCCUCCCACGACGACAUCACUGCCCACCACCAAGUAUGCAAAUUCGUCUUCCGCCGAGGGGGCCGACGACCCCACGGAAAACCGGGUCAUCCUGAACUGUUGUAAUUCUCACGGGGAGUGCAGCGCGGUGGACGGAGAUGAGGAGGAAGAAGACGGCGGUGGAGAGGACCUCUCUUCCUCGUCGCCUCCUUCUCCUCCCGAUGACGACGUCUUCCCUCCGCGGCCGCCCAUCCAAGAAAUCAAGUCUGAUCCGCAACUUGUCAAGUUUUCUGUGAAAAAUAGGAAACGAAGUUCAGAACGGCGUGAAAUCAGUGAGAAUGACAAUCAAGAAGACGUCGGGUCUGGUCUCCUGCUGGAGGGGGAUUUGUCGCCGUCGUCGUCAUCUUCGUCGUCGUCGUCAUCCCCGCCCGCCUCGUCCUCCGUGUUGUCGCUGCCUCCCCUCUUUUUUAAGACAAUCGACCUGCCGCCAAACCCAACGCACAUUUCCCAAGUAGAAGAAGACGUAGAGUAUGACGAGCAUUACAUGGACACGGAGCCAGACCAGCAGCAAGGGGAGGGCUCCACCAGCACGGAACGUCUCCUCGAACACGUCGUGCUGGACGACGAGCUCGAAGAAGACGACGAUUUGGAGGAGGACAUUGACGACGAGGAGGAGGUCAGCGAAGUGGAGGAUUUGUUGCGGCAGGUCAAAAAGAAGGUGGUCAUCAAGGCUACGACGGGCAGGCCGGGGAUUCUUUUGGGGGGUAAUAAAAAAGUGAUAAAAAAUCGUGCAAGUGUUCAGCUAUUCCCAAGUAGCAAGAAGGACGCAUUCAUGUCCAUCGUGAUUGGUCAUCGUGGCGGUGGUGGUGGUGAUGAGCACGUGCUGGACCGUGCUGACCAUCACCCCCAAACCGCUGCGGCUCUCCUCCUGAAAAAGCGGAUUAUCCCGACGCGACACUUCUUACAUGGGGAAAUUCCUCUGAAAACGCGUCACAACGACGACGAAUCCUUCACCUUUGCCGAUAACACGAUAUCAUCAUCCCGGCAGCAAGAUAACCAUGUCGCGGAGAGAGUCACCCGUCAAGAAAGAUCUUCUUCUUCCCCCCCGGCGAAAAGACCCCCCACUCUGCUCGAACUCUUCACUUAUUUCACCUUCCUCUCCUCCUCCAGCCUAGUAACUCCGAUAAGUUUAUUAAUAUUUGUAUUCACCGUGGCCACCAGUGUCGUAGCCGUGGCGCACGUGACCCUCAUGCUCGCCAACCUCGUGGCGGCCACCUCGCCCUGCUCCACCACUACCAGCCUGUGUUGGGGCACUAGUUUCCUCGUCCUGCUGAUUUCCGCCGUGGUGCUCUGGAUUUCCACGAGGUUUCAUUUCCUGUCCGACUGGUGGGGAGGAUCAACUCUAAGUUGGUGGUGGAGUGGUGGUGGUGUUAAAUUAAAAAAAUAUUGUGUUCAUCGAUUGUUGUUCUACGGGGAGGGUGGCGGCGGUGGCGGCUGCUGGAUUCCUGAAAAAGUCGCGUCUUUUCUCCUACUCUUAUUUUUCUCGGGCAGAAAUCAGAAACUUUCUCCUCCCACGACGAAGACGAGACUUGACUCCUCUGCGGAUAUUGCUAAAAAGCUAGGAAAUAAUUACGACUCCAAUUCUGCUUCCGUACAAUCAUCACUACAACUUUCUUCUUCUUCUCGUAGGAGGGACUACUACUGUUUACUCUUUACCAAUAGGCAGGAUAAGGACACUAAUCGUGACGUAAAAAAGUAUUGUACAAGUAAAAAAAUUAGUAGGUUAGCCAUGGAAAAGUAUCAGUGCUGCUACUACUGCCACCACCGCCACGAGUGGGGGUGUGAUCCUGUGGGGGACGGGCGGCGGCGGGGGAAGGAGAACGAUGAUAAUAAUUGUACCAGUAGAAAAAAGAGGAGGAGAAAGCAGCUACCGAGAAUUUUUAGGGAGAAAAUCUUUACAAUUUUUGUAAUAGAUUGUUGUCGUUGCCAUCAGAAGAAUUUUAUGCAUCGUACUUGCGUACUUUCUCGUAGUAGUGAAGGUUUUCCCUUGUUUGGGGGAGGGUUCAAUUUGAAAUUUCUUAAAUUAAGAAACCGGGGUACGGCGAAAAAAUUUGAAUUAAAUUUAAAAUUGCUACUACUGUUACUACUUCUAAUCCAGGCCAGGUUGUUGAUAGUGUUUAAAUUUAUAAGGGUGGUGGUGGUGAUGGGCACCUUAUCUUAUCGUAGCGAGGGUGGAGAGAAAGUUGGUAGGAUUUUCACCCCCGCCACCACGUGUUCACCCGGCACGUGGCAGGAGGCGUGGGUCAAACUCAGAAGAAUUACUAGUCGACCGUGUAGCAUUAUUAUUCUCAUUGUUCUUAAAAAAAUUCACGGACAAAGUAUGGACACGAGGAGGAGGAAAAGAACAAGAACAACAUCCAACUUACAAUUAUUACUACUCAUGAAAAAGAACACGUGGACACGUGACACGUGGCCGAGUAUAACAAUAACUACAACAUUAAGUGAUUCUAGGAUUACUACUAUAGUUAAUUAUUUACUAAAUAUACCAAGUAAAAAAUCUAGGGACAAAUUUCUCGUACAAUUUCAAAAACAACAAGAACAACUCGUAGAAAGAUUUAUUAUGCUAAGAUUCGUCGUCGUGUUAUUAACUGUUAAAAAAAGAAGGGAGAAGAAGGAAUGCUGCCAAAAACUUAUUGCUGCAUUAUCAUCAUCAUUUCAAAAAAAUUUCCAGAAAUUAUUACUAUUAUUAUUAACGUGCUACUACUACUACUAUUACACUUAUCGUCCAAAGGGGUUGACUAGUUUUAGUAAGAAACGUAAAAAAAUGAUGCUGAGUUCCGGUUCACUUUCACGCUCGGACAAAAAACGGUUGCUAAAAUUUCACUUUUCAUUUUUUUUCCAAGUACGAGGACAAUCUGAUACGCUAGUAGAAUUAGGGGAUACAAGAAAACGGACAAAAGAUGGACACAAAUUUUUUAAAGUUGGUCAAUUUGCAAGGGCUCCUUUAAAACUUUUGUGGGCGGAGGAAAUCAUCAUCAAGGGAGAAAGUGAAAGUAAACCGAUUUUUGAGUUACCUUGUCCUUCUUCGUGUUCUAAGAGAACAAGGAGGACAUCAUCAAUGAGGACAAAAUCAGAAAUUUCCAAUGUUCUCCUUGUUCUUAAAAAAUGGUGCUCUCGUUCUCAUACUUGUAACCCAAACUACUUGACGAGAAAAGCCGCAGCAGGGUUUGAGAUUCAUCCGCUUAUUAAGUUAUAGCUGUCGUCGAAGAAGAAGAAGAAGAAAAUUUCAGACUGCUGGAGAUUUAAAUACACACACAACACAGAAAAAUAUGUAUGUAUUAAAUUUAGUGAAAUAGAAAUGAUGAAAAACGAAGGAGCUGACUAAUUAACUUUAAUUGAUAAGCUACAUAGUUAAGAUAAGUAAGAUAUUUAAGUACCUAGUUAUCGAUAACUAAGUAAGUAAAUAAGUUACGUAAAAAUUGCUAUUAUUGUUAAAAACCAGAGAGAAAAGAAGAACAUGGAAAAAUGGACAAAUCAAUUCUCAUCAAAGUGUAUUUAUCAAUUCUCUUUGUCAUUCCCAACUUUUUUUUGUUGAGAUCAAAGUUUCUGAGACUCAUUAUUUUAUUUCCAGUAUUUUGAUUUUUUGUAAAUAUCUUUUUCAUCUUUGUUUUCUCGCAAUUAGAUAAAUUUGAAUCAAAGCGAUCCUGUUAAGUUUGGUAUCUGUUUAAAAAGGGUAAUAUUUUUCCAGGAAAUUGGUUAACUUUUAAAUUUUUUUUAUGUCUGUACGACCUACGCAGUUUAGUUUAAAUGUCAUUUAUUAUCAUCUUUUUUUGGGUUUUCCGAGGGCAGAUUUUUUCUACUGAAGGAGAGGAAACUACAAAAUUAUUGCAAAUCUGUCCAUAUUUUUUAAAAGGAAGAAACAAAAUAAAAAAUCGGCCCUCAAAGUUGCAAAAAUUAUUAUUUUUUCUCAAUUUUAUUUUAUGAAUCUCAACCACGUUUUUUUAUUCCGAUCCCAACAAAAUUUUACAAAUUCAUCUUUUAACAAAUUUUUAAAUCUAUAAGAUCAAGUUUUUUUGCUACGUCGUCCAACUUUACCAAAUUGUAAUAAAACUCAGUUUCAAAAUGUAUGCCCCUUAAUUUUUCAUACUUUACUAAAUAAUUGUUGAAUUGUGAUUAUAAUUAAGUUUUUUAGUUGACGAAGAGAAUGAAAUAAACAAAAAGAAAAAAUGAAUUGAUACGUAUGUACCUACUGCGCUAAAAUUUUAAGUAAAAUGAAUAAAAUAAAGAUUAAUACUGUGAAAAAACUGAAAAAAAUCUAGCGUCUUCAGAAAUUAAUCGAAACAAUUUUUGCAUUUUCGUAACACAUCCCUUUUCAUUAUUAUUAUGUACUGUGAGAAAACUGAAAAACAUCUAAUGUCGUCCUCCUUGUUAAUAAUUCGCAUUUUUUUCCAUUUUUCGUAAUACAUACUUUUUCAUGAUUAAACAAAUUGUAUCGUCCACCACAUUCAUCACAUUAUUUAUCAUCAUUAGCUGCAUAAAUAUGUUUGGUUAAAAAUAAAUCUCAUAAAUAAUUCGCAACAAUUUAUGCACCAUUUUUUGCGAAACGUUUGCAUUACAUAGGUGCUCAUCAAUUUUAAAAUCGGCUUCAUCCUCACCAUCCUAUUGUUAAUUUCGCAACAUGUUUGCAUAAUUUUGCAUAUCAUGAUUACUUUCUCAUCAAUAAUUUGCACACUUUUUUGCAACACAUCCAUCCUUUUUUCAUUAGGUACAUAAAUAUGAUUUAUUACAUCUUCAUCUUCAUGAUCAGAACAUCAGAUAAUCGUUUUUUAUAUAUCAUUAUCAUCAUCAUUCUCCCACCUCCGUCCGAGAUUAUUUAGUAACAAGUAUAAUAUAAUAUAACGUCUCUCAUAUCAAAAAAACACGAAAACACUAACUAAACUAAAUCCGUAACUAAUUAUACAUAAGUCUUAAUAUUAAAUAAUUAACUAAAAAAAUCUGCUUAAUCUUAGUUUAUACUUCACAUUUAUUGCUACCGUUUCUUCUUUCAGUGCUGACAACACUGCGGCUGCUGCAGAGGAGAAUAAUAAUCUUCCGCAAAAUUCUUAUCAUGAUAAAUAUGUAAAUUCGCUACAUAAAGAAGAUCAUAAUAUAAUUAAAUUUUGCCCUAAACUGAAAUUGAGAUAGGAAAACAAAGUAGUAUUUCAAAAGAUUUUUUAUAAAUUUGAAAUUCUAGGCUUCUUUUUUAUAAAUUUGAAAAUCUAGCGUUCUUUUUUUCUAUAAAGUUUUAGGCACCAAAUAUACACUGACUUUUAUUUCAUUAUCUUCUUAACCAGCUCACUUAAAUAUUUAUUUAUUUUUGUAAAUAUAAAAGGUUUUGUGAUAAGACACUGAGUUCCAUAUAAUAUUUCUUACGUUAAUUAACUAAUUUUUAAUUAAUUAUUAUAAUAUUGUACAUUCAUGUUACCCUUUCCUGCCCGGAACUCUUUUCCAAUAUUCUAUGUCGUGUAAAUAACUAGCAAAAAAGCAGAGUUUUUACACACUUACUUAAUUAAUAAUCUAUUUAGUUAGUUAGUUAGCUGUCAAUUAAUGGUAAUAAAGAAACAACGGCGACAACAACAGUAAUGAAAAACUAGUAUAAAUAUGUAAUCUCUGUCUUUUUCCUUAUCCUAUAAAAUUCUAGGCUUAAUUUUAUUCUCUGUGUAGGCAAAAGUUUGAUUUUUAGUCUUUGAUUUGUAAUCAUUAUUUGUACCAAUUUUUUCUUCUUCUUUUAUCCGCGUGGUCACAAAAUGUAAGGAAUUCUUUUAUGUUUCGAUUUGAUUGAUUGUUUAGUUCUUUUGGAAGCAUGGUAUUUUCGGAUUUUUCAGGGAAA